AAAGAAAAGAAAAUCAUUUCAAAGAACACUAAAAAUAGAAUAUUUAAAAAAAUUGAAAAAACACUAAAAAUGAAAAAGAAUAUUUAAAAAAGAAAAGAAAAGAAAUAAGCAAACCGGUGCGUUUUGAUGUGACUUGAAAGCAUAAAGCUGCUGGUGCUAAAUGGCGCCAAACGGUGCGUAUUAAUGCUUCAGCGUAUCUUUCUUUCUCAGCCCGGGUUCCAAUUUCCCUCUACACAGAUCUGACGGAGUCUCUCUCUCUCCUCUACUUUUGAACCAACAACUUAUUCUAAAUUGCUAUCAUCAUCAUCAUCAUUACCACGACGAUCACAGCCGUAGAUCUAAAGGAUCAAUCUUCCUCCGUUAUUGAAAAUGGUGCUGGUAACGGCAGUACGCGAUUACAUUAACCGGAUGCUACAGGACAUUUCCGGCAUGAAAGUUCUUAUUCUCGAUUCCCAAACGGUGAGUAUUGUAAGUGUUGUCUACUCACAAUCAGAGCUUCUUCAGAAGGAAGUAUUUUUGGUAGAAUUGGUAGAUUCCAUUUCCAAGUCAAAAGAAUCUAUGUCUCAUCUAAAAGCAGUUUGCUUUCUUCGCCCUACCUCAGAGAAUAUUCAGCAUUUGCGCCGCCAGUUAGCUAGUCCCCGAUUUGGGGAAUAUCACUUAUUUUUCUCAAACAUGUUGAAGGAUACCCAAAUUCAUAUUUUAGCUGAUUCUGAUGAACAGGAAGUUGUACAGCAAGUUCAGGAAUUUUAUGCAGAUUUUGUUGCAAAUGAUCCCUUUCAUUUUACAUUGAAUAUUCCCUCAAAUCACAUUUAUAUGCUCCCAGCAGUUGUAGAUCCUUCUGGUUUGCAGCACUUCUGUGGUAGAGUUAUUGAUGGUAUUGCCGCGCUUUUUUUGGCUCUAAAACGAAGACCGGUUAUUCGAUAUCAAAGAACCUCUGAUGUCGCAAAGAGGAUAGCGCAGGAAACAGCGAAGUUGAUGUACCAACAGGAAAGUGGGCUCUUUGAUUUUAGAAAAACAGAAGUUUCCCCUUUGUUACUUAUUGUUGAUCGAAGGGAUGACCCUGUGACUCCACUGCUAAAUCAGUGGACCUAUCAGGCUAUGGUUCAUGAAUUAAUAGGUAUUCAGGAUAAUAAAGUAGAUUUAAGAAGUAUUGGAAAAAUUCCAAAAGAUCAACAGGAGGUUGUGCUGUCAUCAGAGCAAGAUGCCUUCUUCAAAGCUAACAUGUACGAGAAUUUUGGAGAUAUUGGAAUGAAUAUCAAGCGGAUGGUGGAUGAUUUUCAGCAAGUUGCAAAAAGUAAUCAAAACAUCCAGACAAUAGAGGACAUGGCCAAAUUUGUUGACAACUAUCCUGAGUACCGGAAAAUGCAUGGCAAUGUCUCAAAGCAUGUGACACUGGUGACAGAAAUGAGCAAGAUAGUUGAAGAGAGAAGGCUCAUGCUAGUUUCAGAAACAGAACAGGAGUUGGCUUGCAAUGGUGGCCAAGGUGCAGCUUUUGAGGCUGUGACAAACCUUUUAAAUAAUGAAAAUGUAUCUGAUUUUGACUGUCUUCGCCUGGUGAGUUUAUAUGCUUUGCGCUACGAGAAGGAGAGUCCUGUUCAACUGAUGCAGCUUUUCAACAAACUGGCUUCUCGAUCUCCCAAAUACAAGCCUGGGCUUGUCCAAUUUCUUCUGAAGCAAGCAGGUGUGGAUAAACGAACUGGGGAUCUUUAUGGGAAUCGAGAUCUUAUGAAUAUUGCUCGUAAUAUGGCUCGUGGUUUGAAGGGAGUAGAAAAUGUAUACACCCAACAUCAGCCUCUCCUGUUCCAAACAAUGGAAAGCAUAAUCAGAGGGCGGAUGAGAGAUGUGGACUACCCUUUUGUUGGGAAUCACUAUCAACAAGGAAGGCCACAGGAUGUGGUUAUUUUUGUUGUUGGUGGAACAACAUAUGAGGAAUCUCGUUCUGUUGCUUUACAAAAUGCCAGCAAUACUGGAAUUCGAUUCAUACUUGGUGGUUCUGUGGUUCUUAAUUCAAAGAGGUUUCUCAAGGACCUUGAGGAAGGUCACAGGAUAGCUCGAUCCAGCUCCAGUAUGGUUUGAAAUACAUGGCCCUCGCAUAUGUAGCUGCUUGAAAAUUAGGUAGAAAUUUGUUUGUGGUUUUGAGAGGGAAAUAUGCUCAAAUGUGACUAGGAGUUGUAAACAGUGGCUUCGAUUGCUGCUACAGAUUGAAGAGAGAUGACAGCCUAUUGUUACUACAAGAGCAGGUGUCGAUAUUCACCCACUUGGAUGGGAAUUACAAAGGGGAACUAGUGUGAGAAAGGCCUAAAAAAGCCACCAAAUUAAUGCAGAAGGGUGAAUUGUUACUUCCAUAUUUACCUACCGUAGCACAAGCAAGUCGAUCCUAAUCUUUUUGUACCGAUUCUGAGUAACCAUGGUUGGUGUCUAUAGUCACUUGGCAUAAAUUUGUAUCUUUCUUUUUUCUUUUAGAAAAUUGUAUUUGUGUCACAAAUUAGGGAAUCUUACACUUUCCAAUUCUGUGUACUUGAUUGAUGUAUACAUCCAUGUAGCUUGGCAGUCA